AUGGUGGAUAUCAUGGUGGGAUAUGUGCCAUCCAUUCUCUUCGCCGUAUGUGACCAUCUGUAUAAGGAUGACCCAGACAUUCAGGAAAUGGUAGCAUUUAUGGUGCGCAAUGCAUACAUGUUUGUCGUUGGAUAUCUCGCCUACGCGGAAUUUCGCUUGCCAACAUUGCCAUACUCCAAACCUGUAGCAUACGCACGCAGCAUCGGCACCGUAUCCUACAACGUGUGGCAGAAAGCAGUAGCCAGCUUCCUGGGAAAGCAGCAAGCCGAUCACUUCAUCAUAGACCGGGCGUUAUACGCCACCCUCGUCGGUAUCGCGAUUUAUUUCCUCCUUUUCGCCGGACGAAGGACCCGCGAAGUUGUUCACCACAAAGAAGAUGAAAGCGAUUUAAGCGAGGAUGAAGACAUGUCUGAGACCCAGGAUCUGUCCGCCAGCGCGCCUGCUGUCAUCCCGCACCGGAAAGAGACAUUAAUUCGUUGUUGCAUCGCCUUCACUGUUAUGAUAACUGUCAUUUGGCUCAGUGUCUACGUCCAGGACUUGGCUGUUAUCUUGGCCAGUGUGCCAGCGGUACACGUUCUUUCAAUCUAUGACGAAGAGGCGCGCAACACCAUCUUCACCAUAUUGAACCUCGUGGUCGGCGGCUCAUACCGAUCGGUCAUCGCCGCGCGAACCUGGAUACGAUACUACGCUGCGGUUGCAGUAGUAGUAUACGUCCUCAUCCAUAUAGACCAGCCAUCUUUGUGCGCUGAUAGACUUAUCAGAGGCGGCGUUGCCCCACCCUUCAGUCAUUUUGCUGUCGUGCUCAAGCUUGUGGGCCUCUCCUAUGUCGACUCCCUCGUGCACGGCAUCAUCGAAGUCUCUCGAAUUUGCAUAGCGAAACUCCGGGUUGUGAAGGCUUGGGUUCGGUACAAGUUUAUGCUCAUCGUCAGAGGUCGCGCUAUCUUCCUGUGGCACCCAAAGACUGUCGGCGAAUGUCUCCGCUGGGUGCUCGCGACAAUAUUACUCGGUCCCCGGACAGUAUAUGGGUUGCUACCAGUAUGGGUUGGCCCAGUCGUUGGGUUGUUCGCGCUCUGGGCAUUAACCUUUACGGAAUUGGGUCACGCCUUCUCGCAAACUCACUACAACUUCGCGGGAACGCGCAACGAGCUCUUAUGUGUACACUGCUACCCCAACGAAAAGGGUUACGAGCUCUCGUAUACCCACUACCCUCUCGCCGGCAUGGGCUACCAAGUCCGUUAG